AUGUCUGAUCCCAGUGCGAAAGAGUUGAAUAUGCCAGAAGGUGGAAUUUCAUUGGAAGUGCGGACAUUGAAUUUCACCAUCCCCCUUGAGCGGAGGAUCCUUAGCAACACCAACCUCCAAGCUUCGGACGACCCGACAGCGUUCCCUGAUGGUCUGAUCAAAAGGGUCGCCUUAGAUCGGCACUACGGUCGAAAGCAAGCGUGA